CAUGUGCAUAGUGCACUAUCCGGCCGUGCGUGAGUCAUACGAAAGUGGAUGUCCAACUCAUCGAACUGAAGCAAAAAUUAUCAGCGACAAAUGGUUUACGUUCUGAUAAGUUUAAGUCUGCAGAGUGCAGGUCAAUGCUGAUCACCACGACUACCGUUCCUUUCUCAGUCCGUGGCCGUGUGCAUGGUGGGCAGGUAGAACUGUGUUCAGCACAGUUACAUGAAAUAUUUGAGGCAAUAUCAAACAUCUUCAGACCUUGAGAGCAACAUGGAGCACUUGCGGCAUCCGUCCUGUUCCAUGGAGAGCAACCAAAGAAAAGCACAAUGUCGACUAUCGGCUGCCAUUUUAUUGCUCUGUACUAUCACAAACUCAUGGGGCAUGGAUACUGCCAGAGAAUAUGGGAAAGAUGCUCUGGCAGUGGACGGAGCCGGAACAAACGAGGAUGUCUUGAAACUCCUUGACACCAAGACACCGGCUUCAAGCGAGGUUCCAUGCUGGAUGACGGAGUCAUUUACCACCCAGGGCCCGUGCCAGGCUUGUGAUGAGCAUGCAAUGAAAUAUGCAAGCUACUGUUGUAAUGAGACUGGGUUUCGACAACUUGUUCGUUGUGAAUCAUCUCAAUCUCCAGUUUACAAAAGUUGCCCCAAAAGCAAGUGGGCCAUGGAGAAGAGUUUCUGGACAUUUGAAGGCGUCAUGCUGGCUGUGGGCUUGUCCUCUUUUGUUGUCGUCAUGUUCAGGAGGAGGGCCCUAGACUGGGAGGCCCUACAACGGGUCAAGAAACAAAUAGCCAACUCCGUUUGAGAUGGGCUUCAUCACAAGUUGUGGUGGAAGGAGAAGACUUUUGAAGCCUUGUACCUAGGACCUGUUAUGUCAUGAGCCCUGGUACCAGCUGAUAUUUGUAGCACUCACAUUGGGCUAUUUGUUUGCCCAGUUUAUAGCAAAUUAUCUGACGAACUUUGGCAAUAUCCUCCCACCUCCUCAUGCUCAAAGCAGACAUUUAUGAUUAUCAGGGGUGAAAUGAAAUGUUUUCCAGAUUUUUACAAUCCCUUUUAAAAUCUGGGAUUUCUGGAAUUUUACUAUAAAGGUCCCAUCAACUUUUAUGAAGUACAAAAAAAAUGGGCAUUAUCGGGGUUGUCCUUUGCAUAUACAUGUAUACAAACAUACUUGUAUAUUGCUUCCUACCGGUAAGUUCCUUUGGAGAUUUCACAGCCCCUAAAACCCUCUGCCCAUUAUUUCAUGAAUGUCAUUUCCUUCCCCCCUCAAUCCCAUCCCUAGCCCUGUAGCAUUUCCAAAGAGGGCUCUACACUCGUAUUCCCCAUGAAAUACCAGACUCGUAGAAAUGCCUUGAUGCCCAUUAAGUCUUUCAGAUUUGAGACAGAUGGUAUUUCUAAGGAGCAAAGUUGGGUUCACAUACACAUAGUUACACCUGUUGCGUGGGAAUUCUGGAUGAACACUGCAGAUAUUUGCGGGAUGGGAAGGCCAACCUUGUCCCCAGGGUUUGAUUUAAUGUCAACCUCGUUUCUAAUAGUAACCCCAGGGUGGGAAACUGUCUUCCUCCCUUUUCCAUUUUGCUACAAUGUACAUGCAUUAAUAUGUACACGUUAUGUGAUACUGCUGAAUAAGACUGUAACAUUUUAACUUGGAAAAAAAAAAUUAUAUUCCGAGCUGCCACGAAUUACAAAAACAAAUGCUUUUUUUAAAGCACUGCCAGGCAGCGUAUUUUUUCUUUUUGGCAGCAUACAUCAUAUUUUAACCAAUCACAUCACGCACCCUAAAAUGAAUAUUUAUCAGUGUGGAUCGAAGACACUUCAGUUCUCGUAGUGUUUUCCCUUCAAGUAAACUUAUCCCAACCAAUAAAAAUAUUUGAUGACAAAUUGAAUGAAUAAACAUUGAACUAGGUGAAUAAUCAUGAUCUAUUUACGAUGUGUGCUGCAAAUAAAAACACCCCUGCCAGGCACCAGACUAGUCCUAAUUUGCAUAUUCAAGCAAUGUUUUGAAUAUGUAAAUCAACCAAUAUCAAGGCGAGAGAUCAGGUAGUGGUGGGAACGUACUCACUAAUGCUCGUCACCAUGGGAACGAGGUUGGGGGAGAUGCGGAAAGGAAUCCAGACUCCACAUUUACGUCUAAUGAAAUUUCAUUUUUGGGACAAUGUACGAGUGAAUUAUUUGGGAGAAUGUUGAUUUUUCUGAGCAUGAACAUAUCAAAUUAAUUCUGAAGUAAAUUUCAGUUAU